AUGGCUUUCUUUUCUCGGCAAUCGACGCCACCGAUUGAAGCAGCCACUGGCCAGUCUCUGGAACGCUUUUGCAGGCAGAAUAUAUGGGAUGUUAUUGGAGCAACCGGAACCACAUUCUGUCCAGCACAACGUCCAGAUCUACUUGCGAAACGGGCCAGGCUGGCCAAUAUCGGUAAGCCCGAGAGCUUAUCUGGGUGGAAUCCAUAUCCAACCACGCCGAAAGACUGUCUCGGUGGCAUUGGCGUAUGGACUACGCGCAAGGACUUCAAUACACAUUGGUGGAUUGAUACGACGAACGGCAUCAGUGCAGCAUUGUAUAUGCAGACAGGGCCAGUUGAGCAUCCGGAAGUGGUGAAGCCAUUGGAGGUCCUUGAGCGUGUUUUAUACAAGGAUAUAGAGCAGAAGCUUGGUAUCAAACAAGCUGUGAGGUUGUAG